AGAGGUUUCUAUACAAUGUACAGUACCCUGUCCCAAACAUCUGAUCCAUGUACUUUUCUAUUACAGGAAAGAGAUAUCAAAGAACAUAUUGAGACAUUGAAUUAUGUGACUGAAGGAUUCAACUACAUCAAGCUCAGUUUGCCAGUUUGCCCAGUGUCUGUUGAAAAGGCCGGUUAUGUAGAGGAUGUAGAGUGCGGCAAUACCCUGUUUGUACAGGAAGAGAUCAGACCAGUCCCUCUGCUGAUUCCUACAGACAUAAGAUGUGAUGGCUUGCGUUGUCCAAUUCCUCCUAUAGAGGGUCAGCUCACUAACCCACAUCUAGAGCUGAGUAGCGCCAUCAUUGAGGAGUUCCAACUAAUUGUGCCUUAUAUUGAGACCCUCAUCAGAGAUACUGAGAAUGGCACUAGUGUCAAAGGAAUCCUUUUGGGCGUCUUGUUGCCAGAAGUCUUUGCCUUUCUACUGGAAUUCUGUUAUGGACACUGGUUUAAGGACAGAGAUGAGGCCCCUGCUGAAAAAGAGAGGGAAGGGCCCCAAGAUCCUGAUCAAACCCAUGAUAACAUGGAGGAAGAAGCAGAACUUAGUAGGAGUGGAAGCAAAAAGAAGGAGGAGCCUAGAAGCGCUAAGAAGAAAAAGCAGCGCCAAUCAGAGGCUCAGGAACACCAAGGCUCACAGAGACCAAAUAACAAUGCAACAAUAAAAGGAGAAGAGGAGAAGGAAUUAAAGCAGCUUUUACAACAGUUCAUCUGCCAAUGCUUGGAAGGAGAUUUCUAAGGAGAAGUCAUAGAGAGGUGUGGGUUGGAGGGAGGAGAAAAACUUCUCCAGAUUGUGUAUGUGUCUCCUAGAGUGCUGGACCUGUAAAAUGUUUAAUAAAAUAUUAAAAAACAAAUUUAGAUCUGAAUUG